AUGGCGAAUGUUUUUGGAGAAAUGGGUUCUUCUAUAGCAAUAACUUCAUUAACUAAUGGAAUUGCUUUUGGAGUUGGUAUUUUCUCUCCGUCGUCUUUAAUGUCCAAUUUUUGUUUGUGUACUUCAAUUGCUAUAUUCUUGGAUUUUUUAUUUGAAUUUUUGAUAUUUGCACCUUGUCUCCCUUUUAUUAAAUGGAAAAUUGAAGAAAACGAGAUUUCAAUAAAAAGAGAAACUUGGCCUCUUUUUGGAAUAAUAAAAUUAAGAAAGGAAAGGUUAAAAUAA